GAGCCCCGCCCGCGCGGCCUGGCGCAGCCUCGGUCCCGAGUACGGGCUUGGACGCGACCCGGAGUUGUCUAGCCCGGGUUAGGGCUGCGCGGAGCCCCCACAUCCGGGUCCCUCUUCCACUGACCUCCCUGCUCCCACCCCCAGCACACAUCCGGGUCCCGCCCCUCCUCCCCGGGGGGCCCCGGACCCCGACUCGACACCCCGAUCCUGGAACCCGGGGCCGGGACGCGGCGGUGCGAGGGCCGCCCCUGGAGGCCGGAGGCGCGGUGCUGCCGGUCCCCCCGCCGGCGGCCGGGCACUUGCCACGGCUCGGGUGCCUUCGGUCUCGGGUCUGGGCCCUGGCGCCCCGCUUCGUGAACUCGUCCCGAGGAGGGAUUGGGAGCCGGGCAGAUCCAGCGAGAAUCGGGGAAGGAGCGCAGAGUGCGCUCAGGGCAGGAGAUGGGCGCGGUGGGGCCGCGACCCCUGCCCGGGAAGGGGGCGUCGUCCCCCGUGCUGCCUGCAUCCUUAGCCGGGGGAGCUGGGCAGCCCGCCCCCCCGAGUGUCACCCGGGAGGAGUUGGGUUGGGAUCCGGAUUUCCUGGAAGGAGUGGGUGGGGCGCCUGGGGGAGCCCUUGUGAGGUCGGGUCAGCGCUGUCCUGGUGACUGGACACGGGGGUCUUCCGUGGGGUGGGAGGAUUCCGCAUCUUAGGGUUGCAAGUGCUUGGUGGCUGGAGGGCAGCUGCGCCGCCUGUGCCCUGGUGACUGGCUCGGGCGGCUGGACUCCGCCGCCGGAGGCCCUCGGGUGGCCCUUGGGGGCUGACUCCUGCUGUGUCCUGCCCUGUCCUUACCUGUGCUCAGGUCCCAAAGGCGCCACAGCUGUCCCCUGGCAGGGGACUGGAGCUUCCUCCAGUAUCUGUCGGUGUUAGCAUCUGCUUUCUGCAAUUCCCUUUUCCUCCUCUGGUCUGGCCUCGGGUUCCCCUGGCCGAGCCUCGUGGCUGUGGGACUUUAGCAAGCCCUUCUCCCAGAGGCCACCUCCUCACCUGGCCCCACAGUGUCAGGAGGAGCAGGGGACAGCAGCCAUAGUCCAAAACUGAUCAUUGCCUUUGACGAAUUGCGGACCGACUUCAAGAACCCCAUUGACCAGGGCAACCCAGCGCGGGCAGUAAGUGAUACAUGUGCUGUGACGAGCGGGAGCGUUUAAAAAACAUCGAACGCAUCUGCUGUCUCCUGAGGAAGUUGGUGGUGCCCGAGUACUCCAUCCAUGGCCUCUUCUGCCUGAUGUUCCUGUGCGCCGCCGAGUGGGUGACCCUCGGCCUCAACAUCCCUCUCCUCUUCUACCACCUCUGGAGGUACUUCCACCGGCCUGCGGAUGGCUCCGAGGUCAUGUAUGACGCUGUCUCCAUCAUGAAUGCUGACAUCCUCAACUACUGCCAGAAGGAGUCCUGGUGCAAACUGGCCUUCUACCUGCUCUCCUUCUUCUAUUACCUGUACAGUAUGGUUUAUACGCUGGUGAGUUUCUAAGGGCGACGCCGGCCAGGGAGCAAGCCCAGAACGGACCGGACGCCUGUGCACCCCAGCCCUGCCCCUCGGCCCUGGGGAGGGAGGGGGCACUGGUGCCCCCAGCCUCUUGGGCUCCCCACCCCCUCGGAAACUGCUGCUGCGGGCACACCCCGCCUCCAGUGCCCUUGCCCCAGGCCACGGACUGGGCAGAGUUCUCACAGGGCAGGGCUCCUCUGCCGGCCUCUGGGCAUGGCAGUCACACCUGCAAGGGGCGGGACCUCCAGCCUGGCCCUUGUCCACUUCCGGGAGAACCUGGGCAGAGCUCCACUCUGGAAAUUCUGGGCCAUCACCUUGAACCCCCAGCGGGAGGCUCCCCCUUCAGGUGGGGGUACCCACACUGGGAAUGAGCAGGCUCAGCAGGGGCGGCCUC